AUGGCAGGACAAAGACCUGGAAUGGAGACCAACACUAACACUUCUCGCUCUCGUCUGUCGGACAGUUUGCUGGACGGUGAGAAGAUUGUAGUGACCCUGUUGUUGUCAGGACUCAUCUUAGCCAUGUUGGGUGUUACAUUUACUGCCUUGGGCUGGCAACACUACCAAACUAACACCCACUUUCAGUGGACUCAGCUGCUGGGCCCCAUUCUGAUCUCAGUCGGAGGAACCUUCAUGCUCACCAGCUUCUGCAAGUUCAAGUUAAUUUGCUGUUGCAAACAGGAGGAGGAGGUGUUUGUCAUACCUGUGCGGGAACAAACAUCCAGAGGACUCCCUGUUGUAGUUCAUGGCAUAAAUCCUCCUGUCAUGCUACAAGGAGCCACAACUAUGCUCUGUAUUCCACCUGCCUAUGGCUUCAUCGCCCAGGAAAUACACCAACAAAAUGAGCUCCAUUCUGGCCUUCCUUCAUAUAAUGCUGUCCACAGUGUGGACAGUGUUACAGCCGAGGACAGAGGGGAUCACAACGCACAGGCAGACCAGAGAAGAAGCCGAACAAAGAAGACAGGACGUGCUGGAGGGCGCCUGGAUGAGAGCGGAUGUUCACGUCCACCUGCGUAUGAAGAUCUCUUCCCUUCCUGCCACAAACACAAACCAACAUGA